AUGAUUCUCGAGAAAAGGAAGAUUAAUAUAGCUUGUGUACAGGAGACUAGAUGGGUAGGAGAUAAGGUGCGGGAUGCGGACAGGUUCAAACUAUGGUAUACUGGGAGGCUGCGGAGCAGGAAAGGGGUAGGUAUCUUAGUUGAUAAGGACCUCCAUGAUCUAGUGGUGGAGGUUAGGAUGGUGAAUGACAGGUUGAUGACUAUUAAGCUAAUUGUUGGAGGUUUUACUUUGAACAUAAUCAGUGCAUACGCACCCCAAGAAGGCUUAGAUGAGGAAGUCAAGAGGCGUUUCUGGGAGGAUUUGGAUGAUAUGGUGCGGGGUAUCCCGUAUACUGAGAAGCUUUUCAUAUAA